AUGACUUUCAAAGCUUUCAUUUUGCUGGGCCUUCUGUUUGGCUCUGUUGUUCUCAUCUCUUCCACUGUCGCAGAUGAGACAUCCAAAGAUGAGAAGAAAGUGGAUGAGGCGCAGGAAGCGAACCCUGUAGAGGACGCAAGACAAUAUUGCGGGUGUUGCAUUCGUUUUGGCAUAUAUAGAUGCGGCCUACGAUGUUGUCGGCGACCCGAACCUGAGGAUCAGCCUCAAGAAGUAGGCGAUAGCCUUGAAACGAACCAGCCUGACGGAUAUGGAUAUGGAGGGGGUGGCUACAAAGGAGGCCGUGGUGGGAGCUAUGGAGGAGGGGACCGUGGUGGGGGCUAUGGAGGAGGAGGCCGUGGAGGCGGCGGCUAUGGAGGAGGUGGCCGCGGUGGAUAUGAUGGUGGUGGCGGUGGCGGAGGAACUGAAAGGCCCGGAGCUAAACCCACUAUAUGA